CCCAAACCACUUCCUUGUUGCGACUUUCACUUCAGUAUUAUAAAAGAAAGGGCACCCACAGCCUACGUGUAAGCACCGAACCAUGUUCACAAUCUACGUGGCCCCUUCAGGGGACAUCAAGUCCUUUUCUUCUUCCUCGUCUUCGUCGUGUCCGCUCCAAGAUUCUGCCCCGCGCCUUGAACAUGCCAAGAAACAGGAGCAGCAGCAGAUAAAGAACCAACUUUCGCGUCCACAGCGCCCACCUGGCCACUCUCUCAUCGAUACCCUGCAGAGUUCCAUCUUCUUCGGUGGGUUCGGGUCUCUGACACGAGAAAUCGAGGCGAUGGAAAAACAGAUGGCUGCAGAGGCCAUCGCCAGGUCGUCCAAGAUGCUACAGCAGCAGCAGCAGCAGCAGCAGCAGCAGCAGCAUUCAGAGCAGUUGCAUUCGAUGUCGACGCCAUCCAUUCAGGUGUCCUUGCCGGCUGAUACCGUCACUGCCUGGGUCCCAUCGGACAUAAAUAGUCCAUUGAAGCGAUACAAGAUCACGGUCGAGGAGAUCUCGGAGGUAGCGCCUAGGAACCUUGGACAAGACCAUGAUCAUAACACAUACGGGAGCACUGGCAUCAGCAAGCAGCAGGGUGGUCGCGACGCAGUGCGAGGAAAGAUGCCAUUGACGGUGACCACCACGGCUGUGAUGCCUUCGAGUGUGAUGAGCUGGCUGCUGCAUACUAUGCAGGAAGAGCCGACUACGCGACGGCUUAAUUCUGGGGAAGUGGAUGCAGGUCAUUAUCAAGGCAAUUUGCAGACGAGUGAGGGAGCAAAGGUUCAGGAAAGCAGAGCGGACGAAUCGGCUGCGGUUCGUGCUGUGAAGCCAAGCGUGCAUGAACAUCCGACCGCGCCGGCUGUAAUUCCAGCACCUUCGCGAGCUAAUACGGAUCUUGAUCAUGCCAUCGCACUUGCCACGGCCGCAGUUGUCGCCUCUGCAAACAAUACCAAUAACGAUACCAGUAUGGAACUAGAGAAGGAAAUGCAGGUCAACAAAGCCAAGGAUGUUACUCUGGACAAACAGAGCCAGGUGAGCGGAGACGCAGCUGUUGUUGCAAACCACGGAGCUGAACACGGUCGUCGAUCGUGGCCACCAAGGCAUCGAUCCUUGGAACACGGACAGACCUUUACACAGACGACGAUCACCCGGCCUGAUGGGAUUGUCGAGUCCAAGACCGUGACCCUGAACCGCGAGACAGGCAUAGCCGAGACCCGCGUCCGGAUCACGCAUCCAGACGGAUCUGUUCAGGAAUCUGUUACGCGCAAGAACAAAUCCGCCUCGAAUUCCCCUGUUUCUCCUCCUCCCACUGCUGCUGCUUCUGCCGCUCUCAUUCAGAAGCAUCAACAGCUGCAGGACCAGCGAGAACCGAAUGAUGCAGAACCGGAUGUGCAGCUGCGAUCGAGUAUCCGUGAACGCUGGGCCCAGCGUCGUCAGGAGCGUACGGAGCGUAGGGAGGGGCGUCAAGAGAGACAUCGAGAACGACAGGAGCGCCGUCAAGAGCUUAGGGAGAUCGAGGCGAGACAGCGUGAGGCCACGGCGGCGGCGUACGGGUUUGUGUAUAAUGGUGGUCCUGCCGAGGACACCGCGGAGGGUCGAGAGGCGUUCGGUUCAUCCAGGAGAGCCAAUGCCGUAGACCCUACCAGGGAUGUGGCCAAGGGACAGGCGCAGGAUGAGGAUCCGCAUCGCGCUCGAAUGGUGUUCCAUCGGUAUCAUGAUCAGCAGUAUCCAAGCGCGUGGCGUCGGCGACGGGAGGAGAGACAGAGGGAACGCGAGAGGAUGCAGGGGAAUAAGGAAGAGGAGGGCUGUGGGGAGAAACGGGGAUGCGGUGGUAGAACGUGGCCGCCAAGGGGAUAUCUACGCCGCGUGGAGCAGGAGCAGGAAAGCGAACCUAGGCACAAUGUUUAGGGCGAAUGUGGGUGAGGGUCGGGGACCAUAAAACACAAUUAGCAAUUGAGAGUAAAGAGACGCUGCUAAUGCGCAUGUUGGCAGUUGACACCCAUUCAAGUGCAGUAGGCGGGAGUAGUUGCUGAAAGAGGGAGUAUUAUUACGUUACAACGCCUAUGAAAAUAAUAAAAAAGGAAACCUG